AUGAAAUCCCACUUUGCAGACCAGAGUUAUACUUACAAAAAGAGGAAGCCGAAGGGGGUCCCUUCCGGCUCCUCCAGCAAUGCCGCCCCAGAGCUCUUGGAUUACUCGCCCACCUUGCGAAGGAGCAGCUGCCCCAGCCGAGGCAGCGGCUCGGAGCUGGGCAUUAAGUGCGUCCUCAUCGGGGAUGGAGCCGUGGGCAAAACCAGCCUGAUUGUCAGCUACACAACCAAUGGAUACCCAGACCAAUACCGACCGACUGCACUAGACACCUUCUCAGUUCAAGUCUUGGUUGAUGGUGCCCCCGUUCGUAUCCAGUUGUGGGACACUGCAGGACAGGAAGACUUCGAUUGCCUCCGCUCUCUCUGUUACUCUGACACAGAUGUCUUCCUGGUCUGCUUCAGUGUUGUAAAUCCCACCUCCUUCCAAAACAUUACAGAAAAAUGGAUUCCAGAAAUAAGAACUCACAAUCCCCAAACACCAGUGGUGCUAGUAGGGACACAAGCUGACCUGAGAGAUGAUGUCAAAGUAUUAAUCAGCCUGAAUCGCUACCAUGUAAAACCUGUGCCAAGAACACAAGCAGAAGGCCUGGCUGAAAAAAUCCGGGCUCAGACUUAUGUAGAGUGCUCUGCUUUGACUCAAAAGAACCUGAAGGAGGUUUUUGACACAGCCAUUGUUAGUGCAGUUGAAUACAAAGCCCAGCAGGAAAAGAAAAUGACAGCUAAAGGAAUCAAAACUCUUUCUAAAUGCCGAUGGAAGAAAUUCUUCUGCUUUGUUUGA